UAGCGUUCAGGAAUAUUAUAAAACAGUCCGGUUGUUGCGCGCACAGCGAGAGGAACGUCAGAUUCGACUUCUGGUUUCUAUGGACCCCGUGGGAUUUUUUUUAAAUUUUUUAUCGAAGUUAUUCAUUCACAUGGCACUCCUAGACACAUUUUCAUGAUGAUACUUUACAUUCACGCACUAUCAAGCUGUUCAUAUGAUCUUUUUUAAGAGUGCUGUUUCAAUAACUGUAUUUACACUGAUGGUGGGUGUCGGAGAAUUGGACGUUUAUUUGUUCGGGAAGAUCGAGUAUGGACACCGACAGCUGAAAGUGACCAUCUGAAAAGUCUAUACAGGAUGCAUUUUGUUUCUCAAUUGCAUGAGCAAGACCCUUUUCCUAAUCACGUGGACAUAGACUCAUAAAGAUUAAUUGGCCGUCUCAGAAAUGGCUUUACCUGACAACGGCAGUGGCGUUCCUGUUGGAGAACUGCCUUUUCCAGAGAUUAUCGAGCUAAAUGUUGGGGGCCAGGUUUAUAUUACCCGCUACUCAACUUUAACAAGUGUGCCAGACUCCAUGUUGUGGGAGAUGUUCAGUCAGAAGACCACCAAGGGCUUGGCUCGCGACACCAAGGGUCGUUUUUUCGUCGACAGAGAUGGCUUCCUUUUCCGUUACAUUCUAGACUACAUGCGAGACCAGCGACUCGUUCUUCCUGACCAUUUCCCAGAGCGAGGACGCUUGCAGCGAGAAGCAGAAUUUUUCAAUCUCCCUGAACUUGUCAAACUGUUGGCACCGAAGAUCAGUAAGCAGAACUCUCUGGGCGACGAGGGCUGUCAAAGCGACCCUGAAGAGUCGUCGCCUAGCACUGACAUCACCCGCAAUCUGGCUUCCCUGGGGGCGGCCGCCUGUUCCAGUCUGGCGUUGGGUGGAGGUGACGGCAAACGUUCUGGAUUCAUCACGAUUGGCUAUCGGGGCUCCUACACUCUAGGCCGUGACAGUCAAACAGACGCCAAGUUCCGGCGAGUGGCUCGGAUUAUGGUGUGCGGGAAGACCUCUCUUGCCAAGGAGGUAUUCGGGGAAACGUUGAACGACAGUCGUGACCCUGAUCGCCCACCGGAGCGCUACACGUCCCGCUAUUACCUCAAGUUUACCUUCUUGGAGCAGGCUUUUGACCGGUUAGCUGAUGCCGGCUUCCACAUGGUGGCUUGCAACUCGACAGGGACUUGCGCCUUCGCCCACGAACAGACUGACGACAAAAUCUGGACCAGCUACACCGAAUAUGUAUUCUACCACUUCAAAGCACGAACAUAUAACGGCCAGAAUGAAAACCAGAACAAUCCUAUAACCAGCUCAGACGAAGCAGAUUACCGAACCAGCCUUUGUGUCGCUGUGUCUAAUCUAUCUAAUUAAGAUUGUGUGGUGGCUCUGCUGGCACACUGAGCAGCCCACAUUUCUCCUCCAAUGAAGAACUAGGGAACAACAUGUUUAAAUGUGUGUCUUAAUAAGGGAGUAACCAGCAUAUGUUGCGUCAUGGAUGCUGGUUCGCCAUCUAGACAUGCACAAAUAAAUAAUUUAAAAAAAUGCAUCACUGAUGACGUUAAAAGUAAAAGAAUAAUUCAACCAAUGGGUCAUUGUUUACUCACCGUGAUGUUGUUUCAAACCUGAAUGACUUUCUUUAUUCUGUGGAAACGAAAGGAGACAUCAGGCAGUAUGUCUGAGCUGCUCUCUUCCAUACAAUGAACGAAAGUUGAGGGGGACUACGGGCUGUCAAGCUUAAAAAAGGACAAAAAUGCAUCAUGAAACCAUCAUUAAAGAAGUCUAUACAACUUGGGCUCUCUAUUCAAAGUCUUCUCAAGCCCUAUGAUAGCUUUGUGUGAGGAAGAGACUAAAAUUAAUGUUAAUCUUUGCCCAACAGGGCUGUUACCUUUUUAUUUUCAUUGUAUGGAAAUGAGCAGCUUGGACUUUCAGCUGUAAAUAAAUCCUUUUUUUGUGUGUUUACCAGUGUGUUAAUCCUUCCAGUAUACUUGUCGUAUUGUGUGUGCUGAUGCCGAUGGUGUUAUUUAUAGAUGGUCAGGCCAGCUGUCAUUCAGGUCUUGCCAUGAUCUCCAACGGGAAGGUGUUGAAAACAUGCUGUCAUGCUAGAUUUAGUGACACCUUAGACUCUCCUAGACACACUAGACUCCUUUCACUUCCAUACAUACACAAACAAACAUGAGUACGCAAGCAUAUGUAAGCAUUUGUGACAAAUUUUUAUCUUUCUCUAAGAAAAGACAUUAGACCAAUAGAGGAUCGAUAUGUAACCAUGUCACCUCUUGGCUGAAAAUACAGCAUGAUCUCAUGAAAAUUACAUCACUGUGGCUGCAUUUUUGUGAAAUUAUAUUAUGCGGCAGUUCUGAUGGGAAAUGUCCACUGCAUGGUGCCAAAAGCAAGUUGGUAUUUUUAAGGUUAAUGCUCUAUCGGUUUGAAAUAACCUAAAAAUUAACCGAUAGUGUCAUAAAAAAACUAAUGUGAGAUAAAUACGCAAUUACUGAAACAAUUACAUCCAGGGAGGCCUGGGUAGCUCAGUGGUAAAAUAUGCUGGCUACCACCCCUGGAGUUCGCUAGUUCGAAUCCCAGGGCGUGCUGAGUGACUCCAGCCAGGUCUCCUAAGCAACCAAAUUGGCAUGGUUGCUAAGGAGGGUAGAGUCACAUGGGGUAACCUCCUCGUGGUCUCUAUAAUGUUGUUCGUUCUCGGUGGGGCGCGUGGUGAGUUGAGCGUGGAUGCCGCAGUGGAUGGCGUGAAGCCUCCACACACGCUAUGUCUCCAUGGCAACGCGCUCAACAAGCCACAUGAUAAGAUGCACAGGUUGAUGGUCUCAGACGUGGAGGCAACUGGGAUUCAUCCUCUGCCACCCAGAUUGAGGCUAAUCACUACAUGAACAGGAGGACUUAAAAAAAAAAAAAAAGUGCACUGGGAAUUGGGCGUUCCAAUUUGGGUGAAAAAGGGGAAAAAACAAAAAAAACAAUCACGUCCAGGGGUGGACUGGGAUGAGAAAUCGGCCCAGGAUUUUACAUACAAACUGGCCCAAAAGGGUGGUGGUGUCGCUAUCCUUUUCUGCAUAUCGCAGGCCCCUUCGGCAUAUCGCGGCACCGUUUUUGUGGCCCGUUCUGCAUAAUGCGGUGGCUCAUUUCAGCUUAUCGUGGCCCAUUCGGCCCGUUUCUCCCGAUGGCCAGUCCGCACCUGAUCAGCCCCAAAGUGCGUCAGCCCACUGGGAAAAUGCCAGGUAUGCCAGAUUACCAAUCCAGCCCUGACCAUGUCAUUUAAUGGUGCUCCUAAAACACUUUCAGCUCACAUGUCGCGUGCUCUUCGGGACUCGUAUCCCGGUUCUUUACAUCGCAAGUGCAACACUUGUCAGUUGAGCUACUGUGCAAUUUGGUCACACUUGAUCAAGCUUGUAAAUGAAGUGCAAACAUUAAAAUCGAUCGCAAGUGUUUAGACGUCAUGAGCUAGCAUUGUGUGAGGAACAGCUGUUUAUAAAUUGAUAAUGCCGUUUUACUCGUGAUUUGUGUAAAAGCGAAUAGAAGUCAUUGUUGUUGUAGUGCCUCUAGUGUUCAUUUCACCAGGAAACUGGAAACGAGGCACGUAAAAUAAUUUUGCAAAAAUGUAGUUAUAGUAAAAUCAGAGAAAAUCAAACAAACCCAUUUUGGUGGUUUUGCACCAAUAUAAGGUUAAACAAAAUGCAAAGCUUAAUUAAAAAGAGAAGCUGCAUGGUUUUAAAUAUUGCUGGAAAGUGGAGUAGAUGGUAUAUUUCAAUACUGACUAUUUAUAAUUAAAUGUAUUUUAAACAGAAGCCCUGGACUGUGACAUCAUUUCCUUUUGCCCUUUAUUCAUGACAGGGUCUGAAGUAAUUUUGCAUGCUAAAAAUCUAGUGUGAUUGACCAUAUCUUCAGUGUGUGGUCAAAUUUGUAGCUUUUCUAAUUAAAAGAGUCAUUGACGGAGAGAGCUUGAAACUCAUCUGCUGAGAAAGACGGAGGGGAGAACCUCCCUGGACUGAUGAGCUGAGCUUCUUAAGUUUUACCCUUUCCAUCUUACAAUACCAGUCAAAUGUUUGGACACAAAUUUAUGUUAUGACCUCAUGAGAUGAAGGAUCUGUUCCAAAACCUUGUGAGUUACCUUGCUGCCCCCUGCCUACAUUGGCAGCUGUCUUCUAUGGCAGCAUCCUAACUGAAAUGGAGCCUCAUGAGAGAGCGAUUUGGACCAUUCUUCAUAGACAGCAUCUCUGCUCCAUUCAAACAGUGCUCACAUGCAGCGCAUGGGAGAAUUGACUUACAACUGAUUUUAAAGGAAUAUUCCAGGUUCAAUUCAAGUUAAACUCGAUCUACAGAAUUUGGGGCAUAAUACUGAUUACCACACUAAUCAUUUUGGCUCGUCCCUCUUUUUAAAAAUGAGGGAGGGAUGAGUCAAAAAUUUUUUUGGUGGUAAUCAACAUUAUGCCUCAGUGUUGUUGGUUGAGCUUAAAUUGUAUUGAAACCGUAAUAUUCCUUUAAUACAGGUGAUGCAAGAAGAACAACGUGAUACUCUAAUGAGCAUAAAUAUACACAGCACACACACAUUUCAGGUCAAAUAGUCAGUCUUAUGUUAUUGAAUUUGACAGAAAUACGUUUCCAAACAGGUUUCCUGAACUUCAAAAACGUCUACCACCCCUGUCUGCCAUUGUUCAAACGACUAAUCGACUAAUCGACUAAUCGAAAUUAAAAUUGUGUUAUGAUCAGAUGUUUUGAAAACACACAAAUUUGCUAUGAUUACGCCUCUCAUUCUCACUAGAAUGGCAUUUUCAAAUGAAAACGGAUUAAGGCCACAUCCACACUAAUACAUGUUCAUCAUUUACGCCUCUCAUUCACACUAGAAUGGCGAUUUCCUCCAUUUCGAAAAAGCUCUCCAUUAUGGUAAACUUUGGAAACCGAUGACAUUAGGACACUGAAAACUGAGUUCUCAAUUGAAAACAGACCAGUGUGGAUGUGUCCUUAGACGGCCUUCACAUAAUGCAGGGGGCUUGAAAUGCAUUUUGUACAUCUCUAAAGUUGUACGCACAUUAAAGUGUUACAAACGUACAAAAAUAUAUGCAUAAAUGUUACUUAUGAAUAUCUACUAAUGCUAAUGAGAUCACCUUGGCCAAACAGAAGCCAGCAAGCUUGGAAUCACCUCUGCCAUCUGCAGGCUGUAAUCUGCCCUCUAAUAGUCAAUAAUCUGCAGAGAGCCCCAUAUCCUCAGCAGCCUGACCCAAAGAGAUUUACCAGAAUGGACGGCCAACUCUUAAACCACAUGCUGCAUAGGACUUGUGCAACUUCACAGCUCAACUCUGCAAGACAAAAUAAUACAUGAAAUUAUACAAAUUCUCCUGGUUCUUAAUGUCAUAUGUUGACUCCACAAGCCUCUGCAUGGGGUAUGCCAGUGUAUGAGCAAAACUGUACUUACAAAUACAGGUUUUUAGCUAGAUUAUUGUUUAUUUUCAUAACUCUUUUCAGAUCAACACAUCUCUCUCGCUUGCGUUCAUACACUGCGAGUCAGAUUAGGAUUGGCUUGUGCGUAAUGUGUUAAGUAUCCGUCACAGUGCAGGCAGCUGUCACUGCAGAUUAAUAAGGGACUCUGGGAGAAAGUUCAAUGAGAAUUACAAGACAAAUAUUGACACAGUGGGAUUAAUUACAACCCACGUCUGCAUUGUUCAGAGAGCAGACAAGCAUUGCACAGAUGGAGGAACACAUACAACAAUGAUACGUCACUCACAGCAUUGUUUAUCUGUUUCAUGUUGUUUUCUCCCUGAACUGUCCUACAAACAUUUCUGAUUUAGGGGAGACUGGGUUAAGUUGUCACAAGGGCUAUAUCUCAGUAACUAUAAGGUUGAGGUCCAAUUACACAAGUGCUUGUUUUCUCUAGUUUUGUGUUGGUUUCAAACCCCUCAUUCCAAACCCUCUUAAGUUAGAAAUUGUUUAACGAACUAAAAUUCCAGUAUAACAUCGUUCAUAUUUUUGCUGUAGCUGUUGGGUAAACAUGUGAGCAAAAAUAAAAUCACAUUCAGACAGAGGUUAAUUAUAUAAAUGUAGAUACAUUUUAUCUGAGGAAGU